GAACAUGAGAAACAAAACAAUGGUUCUCGAAGUUGUAUUUGUCGUUCAUUUUUACAAAAUAUUAUAGCAAUUUAUAGAAAAAUAAUUAAUUCACAAGAUGGAGAAGAGAGAGGAGGAUUUAAAAUCUCUUCAGACUUACAUAGGGAAGGUUGAUAUGGAAGUGACUAUGAUCCUUCAACAAUUGCAAUGGGACAGGAGCCACUUGUUAGAGAAACCUCGAAUGGUGAAUUGUAAAUACGAUGCAAAUCACAGAAUUCCAAUUGAGAUGAGGGAUGCUCAUGAAAGUCAAUGUUUUUACAAUGUUAAUGGUUAUUCACAAGAAGAUUUAUUAUUACCAGAUGCAGUAGACACCAAUGCUGGAGUAUUAAUUAAAUUAAGCAAAAUUGAUAUCAAUUCAAUCAUCGACAAGGCUGCUAAAGCAGAUCCUACAUUUAAAAGAGGUUCAGGAUGCGAAGGAGCGGAACCCAUGUCACUGGAGCGAUUGCAGGCCUCUUAUACAGCUGAUGAGCGGCGCGCUAUUUAUGAAGCUGUGGUCCAAGCAGCUCCAUCCUGCCAUGAUCUCACUGACUUGGCAUUGUUAAGUGGCAAUGAAGAUGAACAGAAGAUGGCUAAGCAGAAGUCACGGCUAGAAAUUCUAGCAGAGUUGCGCGACAUGAAGCGUCGCCGCACUAAGUACCGGGUGGCCGCCAAAACGCAGAACUAUUCAGACUUGCUGAGGGAUGUCAUCAAAACCCAGAUGGAAGUUUAUACUGUUGUUAAAGAAGAACAAGCAAUAGACAAGCAGCAGCAUAAAGUUGAUGAAACGCGAAAUAGAAAUAAUGAUAAAUAUAAAUAUUUAUCAAAGGAACAAAAAGACAAAGAAAAGGUUUACAGAGAACUUGAUAGAUAUAAAGAUGGAGGUCAAAGUCAUAGGUAUGGUCAUUCUAAAUAUGAUUUUGAUAAAAAUAGUAAAAGGGGAGAUAGGUCUGACAAAUAUUAUCAAGUUAAUAAUGAUGACGAAUAUUAUAACAAACAAAAAAGAAACAGCUCAAAAGAUACUUCUCACAAAGACAGUAAAAGAGACAGAAGUUCUGAUUAUCACGAUUAUUCGGACACAGAUUAUAACACCAAAAAGGAUAGAUACAAAAGAGAAAGAAAUAAUGAAUCGCAUGGUAGUUCAGACUAUAGAACCGAUAAGGCAACUAGAAAAUAUUAUGAAGAAGCCCACAGUAGUAGAAAACAUUUAGAUAAGAAUAAACAAAGCAAAAAGGUCCAAUCAAAACAUAAAUCUAGUAGUAAAUAUAACAGUGACAAUGAAGAUAAAGAUAUAAAACCAAUAUAUAUUAAACAGGAAUAUGACAAAUAUUCUGAGAACAGUACUAACAAAAGAAGCAGUUACGGUGGUAAAUAUAAUAAUGAAAGCUAUGAUUGUUAUGAAGACACAAAAAAUUUUGUCAAGAAAAGGUUGGACAGAAGUACACAAGAUAAAUAUAAAAGUGACCGACAUGCUACUCAUAAGAAAACAAGCAAGGAAGAUUCAUCACAACACAAACGUUAUUACGAUCAGUAUAAAUAAUGUGAUGAUAAAUAAAAGGUUUUUACUAUG